CUCUGUCCGCAAAAUUCUUAAGCCCUACCUCUUCUUCUCAGUUCGGAAUAAGCUUCGCCGGGUAGGAUGUCCUACAACCCAGCGGAAAAGUUCGGAGCGCCAUCAAACGGAAUGGAUUCGGAGGGCAAGGCUUAUGUUCACCCCGGUAAGCCCCGCUCGUGGGGACUGUCUAAGUCGAGCAAGACUUUUCUCGCAACGUUUAUGAUGUUACUGCUCUUGUAUGCUUGCCGUGUCAGACACAGUGAGCCCUUAUUUUUUGUUAGGAGACCGGUGAAGGGGGAUUAUGGAUGGGGUGAUAUCAUCCCGACCGAAGACAUCAACCUCUACCCCUGCUUCAACGGCCACAAGUGUGCUCGCCUCGCCGUCCCGCUAGACUACACCAACCCCUCUCCAGAUCAUACUGCUGCGAUCGCAAUUACAAUCCUCGAAGCUACCGACACUAGCAGACCCUACGGCGGCCCCGUUCUCAUUAACCCUGGCGGUCCUGGCGGCUCGGGGGUAUACAUGCUCCUAGCCUUCGGCGAACUGUUCCAACAGGUCAUCGGCAGACACUACUCCAUCGUCGGCUUCGACCCCCGUGGCGUGAAUAACACGACUCCCACAUUCUCCUGCUUCGAGGAUUCACUGCGGAGGAAGCUUUUUAUUGAAAAGGAUGAUGGAAAGGUUCUUACCGGUGGGAGUGAAGUUGGGGAAACGUACGCGCGGUUUAAAGCUCUUUCCGAAAGUUGCGGAACGGUUGCUGGAGAGGAGAAGGGCGGGUAUGUUAAUACUCCGUCAGUAGCUAGGGACAUGCUGGAGAUCUCGGAGAGGCUUUGGGGGUUAAGUGGGAUGAGUGGGAGAGGGUUGCAGUAUUGGGGUUUAAGUUAUGGAAGUGUGCUUGGGAGUACGUUCGCUGCGAUGUUCCCCGAGAGGGUUGAGAGGGUUGUCGUCGACGGAAUCUGCGAUGUGGAAGACUACUACUCUGCCGCCUGGAAAGCCAACCUACAAGACACGGACAAAGUCCUCGCCAGCUUUUCGACAUACUGCUCCCAGGCCGGCCCUCUGAGAUGCGCUUUCCACACUGGCUCGACACCCGAGGACAUAACCGUCCGCCUACACAACCUCCUCCAAAAGCUCUCAGCAGAGCCACUUCCCAUCCCCUCCUCCCAAUCGACCACCAGCACCCCAGAAAUAAUCACAGAAUCAGACGUUCGCAACCUCCUUUUCGCCUCCCUCUAUGCACCGCUGGGCUGGUUCCCAAUCGUGGCCCAGAUCCUCGCUGCCCUCGAGACCGGCGAUGGGAGGGGAUACCUAGAGGUUGCUCGUGCCGGCUUCGAAUGCGACUGCCCCGGAGGCCUAAGAACGCCAAAUACCGGCGGCGGCGAAGUAGCUCUUGCGAUCGCAUGUUCUGACGGCACACCGGUACCCGACGAUAGAGCAGCGUUUGACGAGUACCUUCGAGAACUAACCUCGCAGACGAAGGCGUUCGGAGGCGUGUGGGCGAAGCUUCGGCUUGGCUGUACCAAUUGGAAAUUCCGCCCUAAGGGAUUGGCAUUCCCGGGACCGUACAGCGGGAAUACUAGCACCCCAUUGCUGAUUGUUGGGAACAGUAAGGAUCCGGUUACCCCACUUAGAAAUGCACAUGUCAUGUCCAAAAACUUCCCCGGAUCAACCGUGCUAGAGCAAAACUCUGAAGGACACUGUUCGAUAUCUGCACCAUCGCUAUGCACAGCACAGCACAUCCGUAGGUACUUUGAAACAGGGGAGGUACCCGCUACAGGCACGGUUUGCGAAGCAGAUAUGAAACCGUUUAUCGGUGCUGGGGACAUUAUCAAGACCAUGAGUGCCGAGGAUGCGGAACUAUUAGGGGCGUUGGAGAAGUUGGCAAUGGAGCUGAUGCCGUUAUUCCGCCGAGACUUUGGCCCAGCACCCAACGCAGGUUGAAUGCAUUGUAAACAGAUAUAGAGAGAAUAAAUGAUACCCCGGCUGUAGUAGUUAUGCUAGUUCCCGCAAUAUUCACAAUCAAACAGAGCAAAUCUCAAUCAA